AUGGCCUUGGUGGAUUUGAAUAUAGGAAUGAUCUUGCUAUUCCAGAUAGUCGUUGGAAUCCUGGGGAAUUUCUCACUCUUAUAUCAUCACACGUCCCUUUACUUCAGGGGAUGCAAGCCAAGAUCCACAAAUUUGAUUCUCAGGCACCUGACUGUAGCCAACUCCUUGGUCAUUCUCUCUAGAGGAGUCCCAGAGACCAUGGCCGCUUUAGGGUUGAAACAUUUCACCAAUUAUGAAUGCUACAUUCCUUUAUAUGCUCACAGAGUAGCCAGAGGUAUGUCCAUUUGUUCCACCUGCCUCUUGAGUGUCUUCCAGGUUAUCAUGAUCCACCCUGGCAACUCCAGGUGGGUAGAGCUUAAAGUGAAAGCUCCAAAGUACAUUGGCUCCUCUAGUAUCCUGUGCUGGGUGCUGCACAUGGGGGUAAAUAUGUUUUUUCCUAUUUAUGUGACUGGUAAAUGGAACAACAAAAAUAUUACAAAGAAAAGAGAUUUGGGAUAUUGUUCUUCACAGCAUCGUGCCAAGAUCGCAGACUCAGUGUAUGCAGCAGUGACAUCUUUCCAUGACAGUUUGGGUUUGGGACUCAUGACCUUGGCCAGCAGCUCCGUGGUUUUCUUCCUUUCCAGGCACAAGCAGAGGGUCCAACACAUCCAUAGGAACAGUCUCUCCCCCAGACCCUCCCCUGAGUCCAGAGCCACUCAAAACAUCCUUGUUUUGGUGGCUACCUUUGUAUCAUUUUUUUUCCUCUCCUCCAUCAUUUAUGUUUACUUGGCUCUCUUUGAUGAUUCCAGUUGGUGGCUGGUGAACGCCGCUGUACUCAUCACUGCCUGUUUUCCAACCGUUAGUCCCUUUGUUCUGAGCCAUGACCCCAGCAUAUCUGGGCUCUACUGUGUCUGCUGUGGAAGAAAUACAUAA